GUAGCGUGGGCCGGCCGGGGCCCCAUGUGGUGCCGACAUCACUGACAUGGCGGAAUCCCCGCCGAGCCCUCCCGGCACUCGCUCCAGCUAACCGGGACUCGCCGCCCGGCGCCCCGCACCGCCCUCCCGCAGGGAAAGAAUGCGUUCAGGUUUCAGUCCCUCUUCAGACGGAUGUGAUUUAACUAAACUAAUGAAGGCACAGCAGACAAGACAAAUUCCAGACUGUUUGUGCCUUGACCAACCAUCUGUGCACAUACCUCCAGGAAGUCCGUUUAGGAAAAUUCUCCAUGAAUGUACGUCACAAUGAUGAUGACCGACCAAAUCCCGCUGGAGCUGCCGCCGUUGCUGAACGGGGAGGUAGCCAUGAUGCCUCACAUCGUGAAUGGGGAUGCAUCACAGCAGGUCUUUUUCGUUCAAGUUAAUCCAGGUGAAACCUUUACAAUAAGGGCUGAGGAUGGAACCCUCCAGUGCAUCCAAGGACCAGCAGAGGUUCCCAUGAUGUCACCCAAUGGAUCCAUUCCCCCUAUUCAUGUGCCUCCUGGUUAUAUCUCACAGGUGAUAGAAGACAACACGGGCGUUCGGAGGGUGGUGGUCACCCCGCAGUCUCCGGAGUGUUACCCCCCCAGCUACCCCUCGGCCAUCUCGCCAACCCAUCACUUACCUCCAUACCUGACACACCACCCCCAUUUCAUCCACAACUCGCAUACAGCCUUUUAUCCUCCUGUCACUGGACCUGGGGACAUGCCACCGCAGUUUUUCCCACAGCAUCAUCUUCCCCCGACAAUAUACGGAGAACAAGAAAUCAUACCACUAUACGGGAUGUCCAGCUACAUCACCAGGGAGGAUCAGUACAGCAAACCACAGCACAAAAAACUCAAAGACAGGCAGAUCGAUCGGCAGAACCGCCUGAACAGCCCCCCUUCCUCCAUCUACAAAAGCCAUAUCGGCAGCUGCACCACGGUGUACAACGGCUACGCCAAGAGCCACAACGGCGCGAGCAGCGGCGGCGCAGCCCCGGCCGCCAAGAAGCCGGAGCGCAGGGCGAGGAGCAGCCCCAAGUCAAAUGAGCAAGACCCACAUGAAUUUGAUUCAGAAACAAAAAGAGUUCAAGACAUUCUUUCUGGAAUGGAGAAACCACAGGUUACAAAUAUUCAAGCAAGAACAGUUUUACUUUCCUGGUCACCUCCCACUGGCCUUCUAAAUGCAGAUAGACACAACAACGGUUUGCCUUACACCUGUACCUACGAGGUUGCCUUAUCGGAUAAAGGGAGGGAUGGAAAAUACAAGAUAAUUUACAGUGGAGAAGAAUUAGAAUAUAACCUGAAGGACCUUAGGCCAGCAACAGAUUAUCAUGUCAGGGUAUAUGCAAUGUACAACUCAGUAAAGGGAUCCUGCUCAGAGCCAGUAAGCUUCACCACUCACAGCUCAGCACCAGAGUGUCCCUUCCCACCCAAACCCUCGCACAGGACCAAAAGCUCCUUAACCUUACAGUGGAAGGCACCCAUUGAUAAUGGUUCAAAAAUCACCAGCUACCUUCUGGAGUGGGAUGAGGGAAAGAGGAACAGUGGUUUCAGAGAAUGUUACUUUGGGAGCCAGAAGCAUUGCAAGCUGACUAAGCUUUGUCCAGCUUUGGGUUACACCUUCCGAUUAGCGGCCCAGAACGACAUCGGUACUAGUGGGUACAGCCAGGAGGUGGUUUGCUACACUGCAGGCAAUAUUCCUCAGACCCCUUCUGCACCAAGGCUUGUUCGAGCUGGUGUUACGUGGAUCUCAUUGCAGUGGAAUAAAGUAGAAGGAUGUACACCAGAGGAAGUGAUUUCCUACACCCUGGAAAUUCAGGAAGAAGAUAAUGAUAGCGUGUUUCACCCGAAGUACACUGGAGAGGAGCAAGCCUGUACUGUGAAGAAUCUCAGAAGAAGCACACAGUAUAAAUUCAGGCUGUUUGCUUCUAAUGUGGAAGGGAAGAGCUCUCCCAGCGAAGUGUUGGUCUGCACAACAAGCCCGGACAGGCCAGGACCUCCAACCAGACCUGUUAUUAAGGGGCCAAUAACAUCUCAUGGCUUUAGUGUGAAAUGGGAUCCUCCACAGGAUAAUGGUGGUUCAGAAAUCCUAAAGUAUCUACUAGAGAUUUCUCAAGGAAGUCCAGAAGCAAAUCAAUGGGAAGUGGCAUAUAGUGGCUCGGCUACAGAAUAUACCUGUACUCACUUGAAACCAGGCACUUUGUAUAAACUCCGGGCAUGCUGUAUCAGCACUGGUGGACACAGUCAGUGCUCUGAAAGUUUACCUGUCCGUACGCUGAGUGUGGCACCGGGGCACUGCCGGGCACCCAGAGUCCUGGGGAAGCCAAAGCACAAAGAAGUGCAGCUACAAUGGGAUGUCCCUCCGUCAGAAAGUGGCUGUCCUGUCUCAGAGUACAGUGUGGAAAUGACAGCCCCUGAAGAAGUUGUUUCUGAAGUGUAUCAUGGGCCUGACCUGGAGUGCACCGUCAGCAACCUCCUUCCUGGGGCAACGUAUGGGUUCAGAGUGAGGGCUCUGAACGAUGGUGGGUACGGUCCAUACUCGGAAGCCACAGAGGUCACCACAGCAGCAGGACCACCAGGCCAGUGCAGAGCACCUUCCCUGUCCUUCCUGUCCGACACACGUGUACUUGUGAGCUGGGAGAGUCCUGAAUGUUCUGGUGCUGACAUCUCUGAAUACAGAUUAGAGUGGGGAGAAGAUGAGGAAUCUCUACAACUUGCAUACAGCGGCACAGAUACCUGCUUUGAAAUAAGUGACUUGUCGGCAGCAGCACAUUAUUGCUGCAGGCUACAGGCAAUUAACCAGGCUGGAGCUGGGCCCUACAGCAACCUGGUGACCUGCAGAAUCCCUGCGUCCGUGCCCGAUGCCGUCUCCAUCCUCUCCGUGCUGGAGGACGAGCACGUGGACGCCUGUCAGCCCUCACCCUCCGUGUGCCUUGUACUGACCUGGGAAGAGCCGUGCAGUAACGGAGCUGAGAUCACCUCGUACAACAUCGACCUGGGGGACGUCAGCAUUCCCGUGGGAAACGUGACCAGUUACGUUAUCGGCGAUUUGCUUCCCGAAACCUCGUACCGGAUCAGGAUCCAGGCUGUCAAUGAAAUUGGAGCUGGACCUUUUAGCCACUUUAUUAAAGCAAAAACCAGGCCUUUACCACCCUUACCUCCACGGUUAGAGUGUGCUGCAGCAGGGCCUCAGAGCCUGAAGCUGAAGUGGGGAGACAGCAGCUCCAAGCUUCACGUUGCUGAUGACAUGGUCUAUAUCUUGCAGAUAGAAGACAGAAAUAAAAGGUUUAUCCCAAUUUAUAGGGGACCAAGUCAUACGUACAAGAUACAAAGGCUGACAGAGUCCACUUGUUACUCGUUCAGAAUACAGGCAGUAAAUGAUGCUGGGGAGGGACCUUUCUCAGAAAUCUGUACCUUCUGCACAACUAAGUCAGUCCCACCUGCAAUCAAAGCCCCUCGAGUGACACAGCUGGGAGGAAACUCCUGUGAAAUUACUUGGGAAAUGGUCCCACCCAUGAAGGGAGAUCCUGUUGGUUAUAUUCUGCAGGUACUGGUUGGAAGAGAGUCUGAAUACAAGCAGGUGUACAAGGGAGAAGAGACCACAUUCCACAUCUCAGGCCUUCAAGUCAACACAGACUAUCGGUUUCGCGUCUGCGUCUGCCGCCGGUGCUUGGAUACCUCACAGGAGCUCAGUGGACCUUUCAGCCCCUCCGUUGCCUUCGCGCUCCAGCGGAACGAUAUCGUGCUUGCGGGAGAAAUGGGAAGCGUGGAUGACCCCAAGCUGAAGAGCAUGAUUCCUACUGAUGAACAGUUCGCAGCCCUCAUCGUUCUCGGCUUCGCGAGUUUGUCGAUUAUAUUCGCCUGUAUAUUACAAUACUUCUUUAUGAAGUAGAGAAUUCAGUGGAAGUUUUGAGAUACAAAUUUAACUAAUGCUACGCAUUAUAAUCCACACAUUUAUUCAGAUAUUCCUUGUUUUGUUUUUUUUUUAAAUCCUUUUGUUCUACCAUACAUUUUAUAUACUUCUCUUGUUUUUACAGUUCUAGCUUGAAGAAAGAUAAAUCAGUGUUUUGAUGCACCUUUUUGAAAUUCAAAACUAGGAAGUGGUCAAACUGGAGAAACAAGCAAACCAGAUACCAAAAGCAAGAUUUUUUCCUUUUUCCUUCACAAUUUCAAAAUUGUCACCAAUUUGCCUUUUCAACGUUGUUUUGGGUUUUUUCACUGAAGUUCAUACAGUCUCUUAUUUUAUCUUAACUAUUUAGGAAAUUUUAAUCAUGGGUCACUUUUUUUGUCUCUUCUUUUUCCUUCUAAACAUUAGUCACAAGUGUGUAUAGUGAUGAGGCUAGAAUACAGUGUUAGUCAAGUACCAGUUUUUCCUUGAACAGUAUUAGCAAUGUUGCCUAAGAAUUAUUCACUACAUUUGCCCCAGUUUUUCAAGAUAAAACCUAAGUUGUUGUUUUAACUGUUUAGUGGAUUUAAAUUGGAACGGUAUCCUGCAGUCAAAAAACCUUUUUAGUUAUCUGUUGUUUUUACAAUUACAACACUAUAAACUGCCUGUAUAAGAAAUCAAAUAACCAAACUGCAUAUAAAUUAUGAAGCAUUAUAGAUUCUUUUUUACCAUUUUGAUUCCUAGCAGUAAUUUUAAGAGGGCAUUGUGCAAUAGUUAGUUAUUCCCAUGUUCAGCUAUUUAAAAGCUGCUUUAACUUGUCUGUUUGUCACUGUAUAUAACUAUUCCUAAUCUAAUACUAGAUAUUAUUCUAUUAUGUUCAACCUGAUUUAUAUGAUUCAAGCUGGUGGCAGCUUACUGCCUCUACUGAAUUAGGUGAGAUUUACACUCAAUGGAAGCAAACUUUACUGUCAGUUGAUCUUUUAUUAUUAUUAUUAUUUUUUGGAGGGGUAUCCAUUUUAUGGAACUUUCUUGGAGGUAUCAGAAAUCACAUCUGUUCAUUUUAAAUACCUUAAAUGGGUGUCAUUGCUGUUCUUACCACGGGGCUAAUUGAAAUAACUUGGUACCUGGCAAAACUGAGAUGAGAGUCCUGCAGAGGAACGGUGCCUGCUCUGAUGGCAGUGUCCCCCCUCCUGCCUGCCCCUUCCCAGACACGUUUUAAUCCAUCGAGACACUAGAUUUUUAACUCUUGAGUCAUGGGGUUAUUUAUAUUAAGUCAACAUUGUGCGAGUACCUCAGGGACAUAAAUGAGCUGGAGGUGCAAAUAGAUUCCAAAAGGGUGCAACAGACACAGUGUAUUUCCCUGCCUUUUGUUUUUGUAUAUUUUUGCUACUUGGUUUUGCUCUUGUCCUAGCUUUUUUUGUGCUCUGUCUCCAUCGUCUAAGAUUCAGUGUCCUGUACUAGCAUUAUAUUCCCUUAACCAAAGUAAUGGGGAAAAAACAACAUUAUUUUUGUUUUUAGGUUUAUUUAUACUAUAUACUGCAUACAGUACUUUAAAUACCAAUUACAGUGCAAUCUUUUUAUUUAUUGUAAAAAAAUAAAAAAUAAAAAGUGUACUUAUGUACUAAUCCCCCUCCCCACCCACCCCAUAGCAUGUUACAUUUUGUCUGUUUUAUACUGUUGUACUUUAGGUCAACUUUUUACCUGGCAGCAUUCCUAGUAUUAUUAAUCUUCUUACAUUUUCUUGUGUUUUUGAAGAUGGGAGCAUCUAGUACAUUAAAUGCCAAAAAAACCCAUUAUCAGUGAUUCAAACGUUUACAUGUAUCCAAAAACGUAAUCAUCUCUGGAAAGAAAGUGCUAAGAUCAAUGAAUUAUUCUGUGUGCCUCUCUAGAUGUAGCAAAUAUUAGAAAUGUUCUGUAUUUUGUUAUUGACUAUAAUUAGUUUAAUUUAGCCUUGCAAACUAAUGGCAUUGAGCUAAAUAUAUAUAUUUUUUUGUUUUUUUGCCAAAGUCAUGGCUUGUCAAAUUUAUUUACAUCUUAUUUAAAUUUAUUUGUGAUAUGAAACUUUGUGACCUUGCAUCUGUAUUUUGUGAGCAAAGCAUAUACAGCUGUUUUCAGUGGAGGGGAGAAGAGUGUAUUUUUUAAAACAGUGAAAAUUCCGCUAGUUUGGAAACCCAGAAAUUUGAAUAGAUUCCCUUUUUUUUUUAUUUUUGGAGUAUUGUUUGAGCAGUGCUGCUAUGAAAUCCGAGCUGGACACCUUUUUAAGAAAUAAAAAAAAAAACAAACAACUGCUUUAAUAAAAAUUAAGGAUAAAACCCCACCUUGUUUUAGAUGAGCAAUUUUGAAAGGUUGAAAUACAAAUGAUACUAAAAGCAGCGGGCAGAAGUGUCAGGAAGAGCAAUCAGUUACACUCAAAGCAUUUCUGUCAUUGCUGAUACGUUUGGUCCCUUCUAACCACACGAACCAGAAGACCCAGCCCAAGCCUGAGGUUAUUGGAGGCCGUGCACUGGAGGAGCUGGGACAGGCCCUGGAAGAGUUAAUUUGACAUUCUUUUAGUCUGUAUAUUCUGCCAUAGUGAUUGUCAUAUGAUUGUCAUUCACAUAAUAAUGACAAAGUAAAGGAUCACAGAUGUCAGACCCUCCCCAUUGCUGAUGCCUUGUCCCUUCUCAAACAUCCUCAUGCCCUUGAUCCAGCAAUAGCAGGUGUUGGAUCCCACCCCAGGGCUCUCUGCUCUCAUGGAAAUCACCACCACCAACAAAGGUAGAAUGAAACACUAAAUAUUUGAAACCCUUAAGGAAGGAAAGAGAUGUUUUUGUAUUGUUCUGCCUUUUUCUUUAUGAACUUGAAGUGUUUUCUAAUCCUGUUUGUUGGCUCCAGUAGCUCAGUAUUCAGUGUCACGAUUGAGAAGUGCCCUAACUGAAUGUGUAUGAACCUUAUCCUUGCACAGUUCUUUAAAUUGAAAAAAAAAAAAUAAAAUGUUUUUACCUCACUAUGGGAACAUACAUUCCAAGCUUUUCAACUUUAAAAAAAAAAUAAUCAUAAGUUUUCUUGUAUUGUAAAUUUUAGACUAUUUCAUAUGCAUUAUAUUAAAACUGCCAUAUCAAUUUUAAUGUAUAGAUUUUGCAAAUACUACACUAUGUAUGUAAGACUUAACUGUAUCUGUAGUGUAUAUGUAAUAUAUUUAUGCCCAAUAAAUGUUUUAAUUCUUUCUGAUAUUA